AUGAAUCACGAUCCAUUUGCAUGGGGUAGACCCUCUGAUGAGACAUAUGGUCAAUACAAUGAAGCAAUUGCCGGUGCACCAAGUUUCCCAAAGAUGAACACACAACAACCUAUAAUUACCGGUACAUCUGUGAUCUCUAUGAAGUAUAACAACGGUGUAAUUAUUGCAGCUGACAAUUUAGGUGCUUACGGUUCAUUAUUGCGUUUCAACGAUGUUGAAAGAUUAUUCGCAAUUGGUGAAAACACAGUCGUUGGUGUUUCUGGUGAUAUUUCAGAUAUGCAAUAUAUUGAACGUCUUUUAGAUGAACUACAGAUUGAAAACAACUACGAUAAUUCUACUGGUGAUGGAGCCGAAAGUUUGAAACCAAGCUAUGUUUUUGAAUAUCUAGCUGCUGUCAUGUACUCACGUAGAUCUAAGAUGAAUCCAUUGUGGAAUGCGAUUAUUGUUGCAGGUAUGGAGGAUAACAAACCAUUUUUGAGAUAUGUCAACCUAUUAGGGGUAACGUACUCUUCACAGACACUAGCUACUGGAUUUGGUGCUCAUAUGGCCAACCCAUUGUUGAGAAAAGUAGUCGACAAAGAAGAAGAUGUCGCUAAUACGGAUCUCGAAACCGCUAAAAAAGCCAUCCUCGAAUCAAUGAAAGUACUAUACUACAGAGACGCUCGUUCCUCAAGAAAGUUCUCAAUGGCAAUCAUUGACAACACUACUGGGUUGACCUUCCAAAAAAACCUAGAGGUAGAAAACAUGGUCUGGGGUUUCGCCAAAGAUAUCAAAGGUUACGGAACCCAGAAAGUAUAA